UGAACAAGCAGAGAGUAAACUGACCGAGCCAGUCUCCAUGAGCCUCUGCAGACUCGACCGACCGUUUCGCAGCUCACUCACGGACCCGCAUUUACACCCCAGAAUCGCGGAAGACUUGAUUCUGGUCGGCCGGGAGGAUCCGGGAGGUCUCCUCCUCCCCCUCCUCACCAUGAAGGCGACCAGCUAACGCUAGCCGAGCAGUGUCCGCUAACAGCGGGACUCCUCCGGGCUGACAGUUUACAGCAGCGGCGGGUUCAGAGGAGGAGGAGGAGGAGGAGGCGGAGGUUAGCACCCAGCUAACCACACACUGCUGCCUGUGAGCCGAUCAGGAGCUGAAAGGAAGGAUUAGACGCCCACCAGGCAGAGCAGCUGUGGCAAAUUGCAGACGAGCAUGAGUCAUGACCUCAGUGGUGCUGGUUGACACCGGUGGGACAGUGGUGGAGUAUGUCACAGCUGAAGAGGACCCAGAGCAGGUGCGCUGUGCAGAAGCGUUCCUUCCACAAAGCGGAGCGACACAAGACUUCCUCCACGCUGCCAUGCGGCCUGACAUGAUCACAGAGACCGAGGUGGAGAUAUCAACAGAGGAAUGUUGUGAGGAGGAGGAUGAGGACAUGGCUACGGUUAUGGACGAUCCGGAGCCAGAACCCGACCACGAGCCAGUCAGGAAGAAGCGAGCCGGACGGAAGCCGAAGACGCAUCAGUCAGCCAUUUCCAACGGCUCACCGGACGUCGGCAUCAAGAAGAAACCAAGAGAAGGAAAAGCAGGGAGCACCACCUACCUUUGGGAAUUCCUGCUGGACCUCCUCCAGGACAAAAACACCUGUCCCAGAUACAUAAAGUGGACCCAGAGGGAGAAGGGCAUCUUCAAGCUGGUUGACUCAAAGGCCGUGUCCAAGCUGUGGGGCAAGCACAAGAACAAGCCCGACAUGAACUACGAGACGAUGGGGCGGGCACUCAGAUAUUACUACCAGCGCGGCAUCCUCGCCAAGGUGGAGGGCCAGCGGCUGGUUUACCAGUUCAAAGAGAUGCCCAAAAACAUCGUCAUCAUUGACGACGAUAAGGCGGAGAUUCCCGCUCCAGAGGACCUGAUCGGCUCGGACACCGCGGCGUCCUACGAGCGCGUGCCUCCGCCGUCAGACAUGCUGCUCCACGCCACCGAGCUGUCAUCCUCCAAGAAGCCCAACAUCUUGCGGGGCGCUAACAAAACCAACGUAGUCCACACUACCGUGCCGACGCAGGCGCAGCAACAGACUCUGGUGGUUUCGCAGCCGGGCAGCGGGGCGGGCGUGGUGACGGUGUCUGCGGCCAGCCAGGCGGUGGCGGCGCAGCCUCGUAUCAUUAGCGGCGUCAUCAACGGCUCGGAGCUGGUCAUAGGAGGCGGAGCGGUGGAGAAGCUGAAGGCCGCCGGCGUCCAGGUACAGGCCGUGCAGCUGCCGAUCCAGCAGAAUCAGGCGAAUCCAAAAAUGGCCCAGAGCGUCAAAUCGGAGCCAAUGGACUCGGCCGACGUGACGAUGAAGACAGAAGAGCCCGAGUGUUGAAACGCGUCCGUGUCUCCUCCGCCUGAGCGUGCUCGUUUGUACAUUUCUGAAGUCAUUUCUACUUUUCUUCGUAAUAACCAGCAGCAGUCUGUGAGACUUUAAAGACGCCCAGAAGUCCCGCCCCCACUUUUUUUUUUUGUGUGUCUUUUCUUCCCGAGCCCGUCUUCACAUCUUCCAUGUUGCUGCCUAGAACUAAUCCGGACUGUCUCAGAGCCGCACAGAAACC